CAGAAAGACCAAGGAGCAUCAUGGAACAGAAAAUAUGAUAAUUCAUUCCGAAACACUAACUUCAUCAGAUGCGAUGUUAAUAUUCGAUUUUCUUGCUUUCCAAAUGCGUUUUUCAGAUUCAAAUGCUUCGCUUUAAUCAUGAUAUUGUAAAACGGAGAACUUCAUUGGUAAACAAAAGAUUCCCAAUGUAAAAGUUCCCAUCUUCAUAUUCAGUUUUUUAUACGACUUAAUGGAGUUCAAUUUCAAAGGGUUUCGCGACAAAUUGGCUGCUCAAGUAGAUUCUUCGAAAGAAGCCCUUCUGAAGUCAGCAGUUUCUCCCAGACAGAGUCUAACGAAUGUGUUUGUGGCAGCAGAGCAGCCGAUGCCUCCCGAACGCACGCGUAAACCCUCGGACGCGAGUUCCGUCGCCAGCGAUGUUGUUGGAGCGUCUUCCGGGUUUGAGUCCAAUAUAACGACUCCCGGAAGAGUGAGCAGAGAGUACUCGGUGUCCAAUCAGAAUCUGAACUCAAGUCUUCUAGGUGUAAACUCAGUUGCCGAGAACGAAGUUUCAACGACCUUGUUCUCGGGUGGGCGAUCUUUCCAGUCGGGCUACUCGGACGAAAGCGCAUCGGAAGCUGGUAGUUCAGUGAGUCAGCAUGUCAUGCCAACCAUCAUAUCAGAGAACUCGGAAAGUAUCGUUUCUCCCACUGGUGCUGUUCGGGGGGCGGGAAAACAAGGAAAAGGAGGAGAGGAAAUAAUCGCAAUCCCAACUGAAGAAGAAAUAGAAAUCCAGAAAACACAAAUUUUGGCUAAUUACACAACAGAUCAAAUAGUGUCAGCUUUUAUCAAAAACAAAGUCAGAUUACAGAACUAUAAAUCUACGUUAAGAAAAUGUAAAAUUCAGAAUGAAGAUUUGAGUAAAGAUCAGCAUAAGCUAACUCAGUUACUGGAGACGACGCAGGAUAAGUACAUGAGGAAAAUCAGCGAAAUGAAAGAAGCGUCACAUCUAGACAGAGAGGCGAAAGCACACCUGGAGAAAGUUCUUCAAGACGAUUUAGAAGAGAAAACGAUGAUAAUCGAAUCUCUUAAUCAGAAAAUUUCACUGCUGAAAUCGGGAAGAAAGACGCAAAGUGAGGAAAAUCUUGACGAGAUUAUGACUCAACACGAAGAGUUGCAGAGUUAUGUUGUUAAAUUGAAAAUGUAUGAAAAGUUUUGUAAAGAUUUACAGAAUUCCUUUAAUGAGUCAGUUGGAAGUCAACUGGAAGCCUCGCAAUCACCUCGUAUGUUGAGCCAAACUUUGGGUAAAAUGUAUAUAGAAUUGAUUAAAAAGUUCACUGAUGAUUGUGAAAAUGGAUCGAAUUUCGACGACAAUCAAAUCCAAUCAUCAUUGGAGAGAGAAGCUAAAUUGAACGAAGUUUACGCAAAGUGUUACCAGCUCAGUGCAAUAUUGGAGCAAGGAGACGAAUCAUCGGAUAUUGUGAACGAAGUUAGCCAAAUGAAAACUGAGAAAGCCACUUUGGAAAGUGAACUAAGUUCAAAAUCAGCUCAAAUCGAAAACUUAGAAAUUGAUUUGAAAUCUUAUAUCGACAAAUAUCAGGCUUUGAUCGAAAGCAAAACUAACAUAAGCAGAAACGAUGAAAGUUCUAAAAGUGAACUUAAAUCGACAGAUUCUGAAAAUCGUUUAAACGAAGCAGUAAAAUCCAUAGGAGAUCUCGAAAUGCAGUUGCGAGAUUGUCAGAAUUUGUUGGAAAAAAGCUGUCAAGAAUCCGAAAAGCUGAGGAGAGAUUUAGAAGAGUCGGAAAAACUGCAUAAGCUUGAAGUAUGUUCACGCGAAGAUGUUGAAAAGAGGCUGAAAUUGUGCGAAGAAAAAGUAAUUGCUUUGAAUGAUGAAUUAGCCGAAGCGAAACGAAACCAUGAAACUGUUUUGACGUCAAAAGAAGAACUUGAGAAACGUUUAAGUGAAAGUGAGAGGAGCUUUAAAGAAGUAGAAAGACAGAAAAUAGAGUUGCAAGAAGUAAAGGAGAAAAGUUCGAGCGAACUUGAAACUACUUUGACUGCCAAAAUCGCCGAUCUGGAUCAUAAGUUGUCAAGUUCAGAAUCAGCAAAACAGGAAAUCCAAUUAGCUUUAGAAUCUUUAAAACACAAUAGCAAUGAAAUUUCGAAUAAAAAUUUGGAGUUGUCAAAUGAUAUAGUUCGUUUGCGAUCAGAAUUUGCAUCUAAGGAAUCAGUAAUUUCUGGUCUAAAUGUCGAAAUAGAAAAGUGCAAGGAGACAAUUUCUAAUUCCGAAAAGCAACUUCACGAAGCACAUGAAUGCAAAGCCGAAAUAGAAUCAAGGCUGGAAAUUCUUCAGGUCGCUAAUCAAGAUCUGCAGGAGAAACUGUCCGCUUGCGAGAAUGAAAGUUCAGAAAUGAAAAUAACCUUAGACAGAGUUGAAAACGAAAAAUCAGAGGCGAUCAAAGAAAAAACUGAAAUGAUUGGGAAAAUUGAUCUGCUCAAUUCAGAAGUACAAUCAAAGUCACAGAUUAUCGAAGCGAAUGAAGCCGAACUUAAAAGCUGCAGAUGUAAAGUUUCGACAUUAGAAGCUGAACUCGAAGGGUUGCAAAACUCGAAUCGUGAAUUGAAAAAUUUAAUUCAAAAUAUGGAAGUUCUGAAUCAAACACAAUUUAACGAGCACGUUGAAUCUGUGCAAAAUGGAUUUCAUUCUGCUCCAAAUGGAGAGCAUUGUAACAAAAUUGAAAUUCAUGAAGAUGCUAUUGAAAAUAUUCAAGAAGAAUCCAUAGUGUGCAAUCAAGCGGAAUCGUUUUUAGAAUCGAUUCCUUUGACGGAAUCGAAGUUAAUCCGAAGCGAGUCGAUGGAACAGUCGGCACAAACUGACAGCGAAAAUUCAUUGACAGAAUGCAGUCUUCUGAAUUGCACGAACGAUAAGAACGAGCUUCAGGCCGAUUUGACAAGUGCCAAUGCACGAAUUGAGGAGCUGAUGGGAAAAAUUGAGUCUCUCAGUUACACGAAGUAUGAAGAAGGAAAAUUGACCAGUAGGAUUGAAGAGUUAUGUUCCGAGAAGGAAACUUUAGAAGUGUCAGUGGCUUCGAUUUCGAAAGAUCGUGACCAGAAAGUGUCAAGUUUGAAUGAAAGAGUGAAAGAACUGCAGCAAGAACUGGAGUGUAAAGUGGACGAAGUUGAAGCUUUGGCCGAUGCAGUUGCAGCGAGUAGUCAGAAUUCAGUCUCAAAUGAAGAGUACGAUAAUUGCGCACUGGAAAAUGUGGAGGUCAAGCGCAAUUACCACCAGUUGUCACAAGAGUUUGAAAGCAUGAAGGAAAAAUUGCUAGUCGAAAAACAACAAGCUGUAAAUGAUCUUGAAAUAGAAUUAAAAGACGCGUUCAACAAAGAGAAAAGAGUUUUCACGAACGAAAAGUUAGAGUUGAAUAAAGAGCUGGAAAAAUGCAGAGCAGAACUGUCUGAAAUGGCUGAAAAGUUUUCGAAUGCAGAGUCAAAAUUAACAGAAUUAAAAACUAAAAUAGAAAAUUUGGAAGAAAUUACUAAGGAACUAAAUGAAGCAAAGCACAAGUUGAAUGUUUUAGUCCAAGAAAAGGAAACCGAAAUUUCAUCAUUGCAAAAGCUGAAAGAGGAUCAUGUAAAAUUGCUAGAAGCUAAAAGCUCAUGGGAAUCGUCAUUAGAGGAUCAGGCAGAACAAUUCAGCCUAGAAAGGAAAAGUUUCAAUGAAAAAAUAGAAGGUUUGGAAAAAGCGUUUGGGGAGGCUGAUUCUAAUGCUUCUCGCGUGAACAGUUUGCUAGACGAGUAUGAAAAAAGCUACGAGGAAAGGAUAAGUAAACUGCGUGAUGAACUGGAGCAGCAAGAAAACGAAGUGAAAUUCCUCAAAAACUCCCUCGAAGACUCGGAAAGCCGAGUGGAAGAAAUAACGACUGAUUAUGAAACGAAACUUAAGAAAUCAAUAGAGACAAAAAUUAGUCUGGAAACCGAAGUCGAAGAACUUAAUUCGAGGCUCAAAACGAGCCAAGCUGAAAUUGAGUCACAAUUGAAAACUUUACAAUCAGAGCAAGAAAAAUUAAGAUCUGCGGAAACAGUUAAUGAGCAGCAAAAAGCAAAGUUCGACGACUACAAAAAGAAAGUAGAAGAAAAAUUUUCUUCUCAAAAGCAAAUAAUCAACGAGAAAUUCAAAGCUAAAGACAAAGAAAUUGAAAAACUUCAGCAAAUGACGACUGAUCAGCAAGAACAGCUCAAAUAUCUCCUCGAGGAAAAAGAAAGUUUGUUUGUGGAAAACUCAAACAAUAAAUCACAAGUUGACAGGUUGACAAGCGAACUUGGAGAAAGUCACAAGUUAGUGAAUUCAACUCUGGAACAGAGUCAAAAUGAUGUUAUGUUAGUGCGACAUCAGCUGGAAGAACAGCUGAAGUCUCUCAAAAGUGAAAAUGAAGAAUUGCGCCGAAAGUUAGAACACGAUGGCAAGGAAAAAUUUGGAAAACUGGAGGCAAAAGUCGAUAGUUUACAAAUUGAAAUUUCAGAAAAUGAGGCGCACUUAGUUCAGUUAAGCGAUGAGUUGAAAUCGAGCCAAGAAACUUGUAGGAGGAAUCAAGAAGCAUAUGACGAAGAAAAACAGUCUAUGACGAAGUCGCAUUACGUGGAAAGAAAUAAACUAGCAGCGGAUUUGAAGUUACUUCAAAAUGAGAAAUCGGAAGUUGAAAUGACACUUGCCACAGUUAAAAAAGACUUUCAAAAGUAUCAAAUGAAAAUGGAGGAGAGCAAUAAAAGAAAUAAGGAAAAAAUUGAAACACUGAAAACCUCUUCGAAUGAGGAAAAAUUAUCGAAGGACAGAGAAAUUAAAACACAAUCUGACGAAAUCGUUAAACUAAGAGACACUUUGCAGAAAAUCCGGUCAAAGCACGGAGAUGAAAUUUCAGAAAUAAAAACAAAACAUGCUUCCCUAGUUAAAAGUCUCGACGAUCAGAUACGAGAAGGAAAGAGCACUUCGCAGAAGAAAACAGAGAGUUUGAGACGGAAUCACGAAGAAGAAAUGAGCAAAAUUGUCAAAUCUCAUAAUGAAGAAAUGACUAUUUUGACCUUGAGUCAUCAAGAAAACGUGAAGAACUUGUUCUUAGAAUGUGAACAAAAAGCGGCCGAAUCAGAGACAGAGUUGAGUAAUAACUUCAACGAGGAAAUCGCAUCGUUGCGUCAUCAGAUCGCAGAGAAAGAAGUUGCCAAUCAGGAAUUAGAGACGAGAAUAGCCGAGUUGACGACUCAGUUGCACAAGGAAACCUUGUCGGCGACCUUGCACGAAUACAAACAAAAAUACGAAACGCUUGUUCACACCUCGCAAAGUGACAUCAAACGAAUGGAAAAACAAAAUGAGCAGAAAGUCAAAGCGAUGGAAAACAAAUCGCACGAAGACCAAAGAGUUUUAGAGAAACAGGUGCAGGAACAAAAACUGAUAAUCGCGAAUUUGGAGUUUGAGAUACAAGAUUUAGAAUCAAAUUACAAGGCUGAAAGAUCAAGAAAUGAUUUAUUGAGUAAGGAAGCCAAAACGAAACAGAAAAAUUCGGAUUUGAAAUCACUGUUAGAAGCGAAGGAAUCUGAAAUUGAGCGAAUGGAGGAAACUUUGAAGACCAGUUUGAAGUCAAAAGACCAAGACUGUGACGAGAGAUUGAAGCGAGAAAGAGAUAAAAUUGUGCGAGAAAUGGACGAAUAUUAUUCGGAGAAAUAUCACGACUUGGUAUCAUCCACAGUUGAAAGUCGAUCCUCAGAUAACAACGGGUUGCAUGUGAAUGGAGCAAGUAUGUCAGAAGAAAGUAUCGCUUCGCCGAGUAAUCAGAGAGAGGAAGUUGCUGUGUUAACGUCCCCUGCUAACCUAUCGCUUUCUAGUCAGGAGAACUUGUUCAACAUGGAAGACCCAACUCAACUGCAGUUCCUGAGAACUAUUCUGAGACAGUUCAUCAUGGGCCAGGAGAAGAUGGUGAUGGCGAAAGUUUUGGUGUCAAUUGCAAAGUUUGACGACAGGGAAUCUAAAGAGAUCUUACGAGCUGUGAAACAAGGUCAGAAAUGGAUUCCUUUGUAGCGUUCAGUCGAUCUUUGUACGAAAAUUGCAUAUUCGAGCCUUGCAAAAGAAGCAGAUUCGUAGUUGCGUGUGUACUAAUAACUUUUCGAGUAAUGUUGUUCAGACUGUAUGGUUGAAAUACAGCCAGGGACUUCUUUUUAGGAACUGAAAUAAGGAGUUGUACUGUAUAAUGCUCAUUACUGGGUUGCAUUAAUUGAAAUGUUAAUAGUGCUUUUGUAUGUCAAUAUCGAUAUCCUAUUUUAUGAUAGUAUGCUCAACUAUCUAGGUUAGACAACUUGGUGCUGGAUUUCAUCGGUAUGAAUUAUGAGAGGAAAUAUUAAUUACAGGAACUUCGGUGUUAAUAUUGUUUGCAGUUUUCAAUGUAUUGUACAGUAAGACUAUUCAAUGAAAUUAAAAAUGGUUUUAAUUCUUUCAAAUACAGUUCUUAUAUAAAUUGUUUGAAUUAUUUAGUUCGAAGAUGGAUCUCUUGUUGUCUCUAAAUAUAUUACUGGUGUCUAUCUAUAAUCUGCAUUGUAAAAAUGUGAAUUAUUUUU